UUGUAAUUUGCAAAUGAUUUGAUUUGAUUUGUGAUUGUGAGAGACAUGGUUCGAGAAUAUAAUAAACUGACCAAAACUCGGAUUUGUUGAAAAUUUGGAGUUGAAAUUGCUGAUGAGAGUUCAUUGCAGAGAACAGUUGCCCUGGAUUGUUGUACCGUAAAUCGAUCGAGCUCUGCAAAGAAGAAAAUCUUGAGCUAUGGCGCUGCUUCUGCUGUUGGCGUUCAUAAUUGGGGCGCUAACUGUUGUUGCCAUGGAGGCCGCUGGACUCUGGUUUCUGAUUCGCUUUCUCAAUCGGAAAGCGGAGAGGAAGGAAAUCAAAGCCAAGGAUGUGGCAUCUGUUUCUUCUCCCGGUGACCUCAACCUAUCGUUAUCCAACAAGCAGGGGACUGUUUGGAUUCUAGUACCCGAUCAAGUUCUCAAAUCGGGGCUUGAGAAAAAGGAAAUCAUGGAGGUCACACCUGUCAGAAAAUAUGCAAGAAUUAGAGAUCACUGUCUUAUCCUGAUGGAACCAGAUGGUUCCUGUGUAGAAAUUUCGCUGAGAGGCUGCACAAUUGUUGCCGUUUCGGCUACAAGCUUGUCUUCAAGAAAAUGGGCUAAAAGGUACCCAAUCAAGGUGGAGAGAAGGGAUUCAGCCAUAUAUAGAGGUCAUAAAAUUAUUUAUAUAUACCUUGAGACAUCUUGGGAUAAGGAAUCCUGGUGCAAAGCCCUUCGUCUGGCUUCCUGUAACGAUAAAGAGAAAAUUACAUGGUUUUCCGAGCUGAAUGCGGAGUUUCACUCUUACCUGACGUCACUGAAUGCAGGAUAUCCUUCAUUCAUGAAGCCAUAUGGUGGUUCAAAUACUGAAUCAAUAGAUAAGUUGAUUAAGUUUGACAAUUCUUCGUCUAAGGUUCGUCAGUUUCUGAAAAAACUUACUAAGAAGGCUUCUAAAAGUGGGCAAGACUAUAAAACAAGUGGGGCUUCAACAUCAGCCCACGAAGAGACGAAAGUUAAUCAAAAAUCUCGUUCGUUCCAAGAUCUAUUCCUGAUAAAUGAUAUAGCUAAAGUGGACACAGCAGGAAAAAUUCCCGGCAUAAUUUCUGAUGAUGCUAGCGUCACAUCAUCAGUUUCCUCUGCCAUUGAGACUGGGAUCGAAAACCAUUUACCUCAAAUUUCUGAUGAAGGAACCUUGUGCAUUAACGUGUUAAUUUCACGGCUAUUCUUUGAUGUCAAGAACAGUUCUCAGAUUAAGACUUUAAUACAGAAUCGUAUACAGAGAGCAUUAUCUAAUAUGCGAAUCCCCAGUUACAUCGGUGAGGUCAAUUGUACAGCUGUGGAUCCUGGCAAUCUGCCACCGCAUGUCCUUGCAAUGAGGGUUCUCCCAUCAAAUAUGGAUGAGGUGUGGUCCUUGGAAAUUGAUCUGGAGUAUCAGGGCGGCAUGGUUCUGGACUUUGAGACAAGGCUUGAAAUUCGAGAAUUAGAAUUAGAAGGAGGUGAAACUAGCUUUGGUAUGAACAAUGCUAGCGAGGCCACCUCUGAUCUGCUGGAAGGUUUUGAAGAUCUUGGGAAACAAUUGAAGAUUUCUGAGGAGACACCUAUUGAUAUUAAACAAAAGGAUGAAAUAUACGAUGGGAAAGGUUUGAAAUUGAACUACUUGCUUGGUUCUUUUACUGAAUGCAUUGUGAAAUGUUCUACUUCACAGAACAACUUGAUUUGUUCUUUCAAAGUCACUAGUGUGUCCCCCAUCCAUUACAUAGUGUAUUAUAGAGAACUAUUGUAUGGUUAUGAUAAUAAAGAUUUUGAUACAUUGAACAAGGCUGAAAACCCCAAGGGCACUGCACAGGCAUCAUCUCAAGGAUCUAGAUGGAAGUCUAUGUUACAUUCUAUCUCCAAACAAGUGUCACAGGUCCCUCUUGCCUUGGGAAUAAAGGUUUCUUCUCUUAGUGGAACUAUGCGGUUGUGCAUGAAGCCUCCACCUUCAGAUCAUAUAUGGUUUGGGUUUACUUCUAUGCCUGACAUUCAAUUUAACUUGGAAUCUUUUGUUGGAGACCACAAAAUUACGAAUGGACAUCUUGCCUUGUUCCUCAUCAGUCGAUUCAAGACGGCUAUUCGUGAAACUUUAGUGCUUCCAAAUAGUGACAGUGUUGGAAUUCCUUGGAUGUUAGCAGAGAAAGAUGAUUGGGUCCCUAGAAAAGCUGCUCCUUUCAUGUGGUAUAAAAACAAUCAAGACUCGAUUGCAGCCAAUAGUAAUAAUACCACAAAACAAGGAAUACCGCGCUGCUUCACUGGGGAAGCUACACAACAAGGUGGAGUUGAAGCUAACACUAAUACAAAUGCCUCAACUCGAUCAUUACCAAUGUCUAAUGAGAAAACCAAAGAUGUUGACAGUUGUAUCCCGGAAGCAAUGGGUGAAUAUUCGGAUGCUUGUGCAUCAUCAUCAAGUUCAAUGGAUGAAGCAACAUUUAAUGAAAAUUGUUCCCAAGAAAUCAGAGCCCCGUUGCUAAACAAGGAUAAAUCGCAAGAAUUUGGCAUGACAGAUGAUAAUAAACCAGAUAAGCACCUACAUUCCCCUUCACAAAUCUUUGUAGAGGGGCAAACACAUAAUUCGGACGAUGAAGAGUCGAGAAUGAGGAGGAUAGGGACGAGAGAACGCAUGCGUGGAUUGGGGAAGAAAAUGGGAGAGAAGCUUGUGGUCAAGAGGCGUCACCUGGAAGAGAGGGGAAGAAGUUUUGUGGAGAGGAUGAGGGGACCAUCAUAGCUUUCAUUUUUGCAGUAAAUAAUGUAACAUCUCUUACUUUGGCUGGGCCGUGACAAUUUUUUUUCCCUUGUAGAGUGUCAAUGAUUGUUGCCUAUUAUUUGUUCUCAGAAAAUCGAUUUUUUUUUUUUUUAUUUAUUUUUUUCGUU